GAAAGGAUCUAUCCAGUCGUAGUGAAACAGAUCUUAACUGUAUCUUUGGGAAGAGGGCUAAAUCAGCAAAAGUCCAAGAUCAGGAGAGCAACAGCAGUGACUCGCAGGGUGAGGCGGAGGACGGCGUGAAUCCUGAUCCUUCUGACCAGGACCCAGAAGCCAUCACUAAGACUGUCACGAGUACUCUCACUAUGCAGGAGUACUUUGCACAGCGUAUGGCUCAGCUGAAAAAGGCUCGUGGGGCCCAGAAUGCAGAUACUCCUGAGACAUCAAAUGCAUCUGAGGAAGUCGGUCUCAACCACAACAGCAAUGAUGAUACAGAAGAGCCCAAAAAGAAGAAAAAGAAGAAGAAGAAAAAGGCUGCAGAAGAGCAGUGUAGCACACCCGCUGCAGUAGAGGACAAAGAGGAUCAAGAGAAAGAACGUUCAAAGAAAAAAAAGAAAAAGAGAAAAAUGGCAGAAAGUGAAGAAGCAGUAAAUGAAAACUGUAGCUCCACCUGUAGCACUGAGUGUGAAGAAUUACAAACCAAGAAGAAAAAGCUUAAAAAACACAGUGAGCAAAGUGAGCUACUAAAUGGACACGAGCCCGCAGAGGAUGAAACGCUAGAUUUAAAUACAGUGCAGAAAAAGAAGAAGAAGAACAGAGAUGAGGUGGACAGUGUGGCAACAGAAGACAGGAAGGAAGAGCUGGUGGAAAAGAAAUCCAAAAAGAAAAAGAAAAGGAAGCAUCAAGAGCAGGGUUUACAUUAGGGCAGGGUGACUCAGUACUGCACUAUUCUCCUGACUCCUAAGGGGGUACUUGUAUUAUGAAAUUAAAUGCCUUGUAUAUACACACCAUAAUAAUCUGUUAAAGCAUCCAUUGAUGCUGUUUUUUUCUUCUUAUUAUUAUUAUUCUUUAGAUAGUGACUGUAGAAAAAACUGAUAGGGAGUGUUUGUCACUGGAAAAAACCUUGAAGCAGCCUAUAAAAAGCCUCAACCUUGCACUGGUGGCCUCUGGAACACACCGCUGUAGGAGGAGAUAGUAUGGACAUCUUGCUGACAGUGAGAUGAGAAUAAAAACACCACUAUCAUGGCUCAACAGGAAAUACAAACUAGGAAAAAGGUCUGGAGCUUCCCAUAAAACCCCCAACAUGUUUUACCACCAGUGUUCAAGUCAGAAGGGUACACCUGGACUAGCCAUUUUCCUGUUUCCAAUCUUUAGCAAAGUUAGCCUCAUAUUUACUGCUCAGAUAUUAAAGUGGGAUAGACAUACAGCUAUGUUUAAAAAUGUAUUUAAUAUAGAGAGAAGUUGACAUGGCUGUCGUCUAAUCCCUUUUUAAAAUAAAAAUAAUAUUUAGAUGAUACAUGUGCUUCAUUCUAUGAAUUCUCCUGCCCAAUGAAUUAAGAUGAGUAUCAUAGGAAACGUGGCCGAUCUUAAAAUGCAUUUUUUGGAAAAUAUAAUUUUGUAUAUUACCAUCUUAUAUGUAAAUGCAUUACUAUUUGCCCAUUUUCACAGUGGUUUAUUUUUUUCCCACCACUUUUGAUGCCCCUUUAUUUUAUUAAAGUGACUCAGACAGCUUCUGUCAGCUCUACAAAAUGAAACGGAAACAUGUUUUCUCUUUGAUGUCACAUGACUGAUGUACUUUGAUAAUGCUUUGGCAGAUAUAUGAAAGAAUUCUUGACUAUUUUGAGUUCUACAGAAGUUUUUUUUUUUUUUAAAUAAAUCCAAAUGUCCAUCACCCUUUGAAUGUGUCCCUUUUUUUUUUUCCUCCAUAGGUCAAGAGAAAUGUUGUGCAAAAGUAUUGAGACACCUCUGAUUUCUUUGUUUUGCUUCCAAUGAGUUAAACUCUUUUCUUACUUUUUUAAGUGCUCUUGAGCAAUAGUCCUCCAGGCAAAGCUUUUCUUUGGCUGCUCUUCCACUUUGUUUCAGUCCAAUACUUGUACCUGACCAUUUUCAGAGGAUUGUAUUUGUUAGUGUAUGUAUAAUGUGUACGUAAAUCCACCCCCUCCCCUGGCCAUUUAUUAACCACCUAUUACUGACCUAUGAAUCACUCAGCCAUAAAAAAAACUUGCAUGAUGAACCAGAGCUUCUACACAUUAGAUAUAACUUGAUAAAGAACCAAUUUUGAAUUUGAUUAUUACCGACAGCUUGCAGUAAGAACAUACUUUGUUCCCAUUUCUUUAGUGGAAUCUAAUGAAAAAUGACAAAGAUGACAUUGUUUGACAAGCAAAAAGUAAUAGUUUUGUACCAACAAGGUGAUUCCCUGAAAACCUGACGUAUCUGAGCAUGGUGUGCAGUCUGUCCUUCAACAUGUGAGAAAACUGGACAAGAAGUCUUUAAAAAAAAAAAGAUAAACAGUAAAGACCUGAAAGAUGCGUCUGGCCUUUCGUUUGAUCCACACUGAAGUUGAAAUGGUUUUACUGGAAGCGGCUGAAGUAAACCCAAGAACUGGACUGAAGAUCAACUGCAACUUAGGGAGUGAUGAAUCCAAAUUAGAAAAUUUUGGUCAUCAAAAUCAACUAAUCUAUGGAGGAGGUCAGGAGAGAGUGAGU